UUGACUCUCAGCAAAAAUGGCAAAUAACGAUCGAAUUAACGAUGGAGAUCAUACAUUUUGAUGGGAUGAAUGAAAUGCCUGUGGUAAUCAACGAUGCAUAAAACGUUUUAGAUACCAAAAACAUAUUUAUUUGUAAUCUACUCGGUGGAUGUAUGUCACGUUAACGAGAGUUUGCAAAUUGUUAGCGUUCAGUUUACUCGCAAAGUUAAAACAUCUGACAAGAUUAUCGUUAGAAAAAAAUGGGAUAAGAUAAACAUGGUUUCAUUUAUAUGUUGGUGGAUCUGUGUAUAAUUGGAUUCAUAUGCAUUUAUUGCUUUAUUAUGCCCCCCUUCCAAGAAGAGGGGGUAUAUUGUUUUAGACAUGUCGGUCCUUCCAUAUGUCCGUCCGUCCACCAGAUUGUUUCCGGAUAAUAACUUAAGAACGCUUAGGCCUAUGAUCAUGAAACUUCAUAGGUACAUUGAUCAUGAGUCGCAGAUGACCCCUAUUGAUUUUGAGGUCACUAGGUCAAAGGUCAUGGUCACGAUGACCCGAAAUAGUAAAAUGGUUUCCAGAUGAUAAUUCAAGAACGCUUAUGCCUGUUAUCAUGAAACUUCAUAGGUACAUUGAUCAUGACUCGCAGAUGACCCCUAUUGAUUUUCAGGUCACUAGGUCCAAAGUCAAGGUCACAGUGACCCGAAAUAGUAAAAUGGUUUCUGGAUGAUAACUCCAGAACGCUUAUGCCUAGGAUCAUGAAACUUCAUAGAUACAUUGAUCAUGAUUCGCAGAUGACCCCUAUUGAUUUUCAGGUCACUAGGUCAAAGGUCAAGGUCACAGUGACUCAACUUAGAAAAAUGAUUUCCAGAUGAUUACUCAAGAACGCUUACGCCUAGGAUCAUGAAACUUCAUAGGUACAUUGAUCAUAACUCGCAGAUGACCCCUAUUGACAUUCAGGUCACUAGGUCAAAGGUCAAGGUCACAGAGCCAAAAACGUAUUCACACAAUGGCUGCCACUACAAUUGACAGCCCAUAUGGGGGCAUGCAUGUUUUACAAACAGCCCUUGUUAUGUUUGUCGUGCUGUACAGUUUACUGAAACAGCAUGGAACUCUAAUGGACAUUGCAAGGUAAAUAUAUUAAUAUUAAUUAAAGUAAGUUGAAUACAUCAAUUACUAUUAAAUGUGCUUGAUUAUAUUUUUCCCACAACUUCCUCUGAUGCGAUUACAUGUUUCUCCCAAAACCAGGUAUUCACGAAACGUUUUUGACCUUUUUUGCCUAAAAUGCGCGUUAAAAUACCCUUUUUGAAAGUAAUGCGCCAUGCCCCUUUGCCCUCCUGGGAAAAACACUAGAAGGAAACAAGAACUUGAAGAAAAGGAGAAGAGGCUUGUUGCGCUCGGGAACAUGACGCAAGAUGUUUGUGAUUAUGGCCUAUGGCAAAGUUGUGAAGAGGUGAAUGAAGGACUAGGAAGAUUAGAUACAGACUCUCAAAAGAGGAAUGCGUUUCAAGCUCAAUUAAGGUUUCGAAAAAAGGUCUUAAAGCAGAAACACAGUGUCAAACAGGUUUACAACUUUUCGCGUAAAGAUCAGCAAGGAAAGUACAUCCAACUUUCAGUGGCACAGCUACAGCAGAAUGUUUUUAAAUUGAUUCAAGAUACAGUGUACAUUGGCUACACCAACGCAUGAAAAACAAAGUACAUUACUGCAAUGACGCAAAUGUAAAUGGUUCAUUGCCUUAAGGCAUUUGUCAGCCAGGUUAAUCUUGUUCUAAAAACGCACUCAAUAAUCCCAACAGGGCAGAAAUCUGGUAAAAUAGAAUUGUAAAAUAGAUUUAGAGUCAUUAAUUGUGGAUGCAUGUGAACUUUUGUCGCGGUGCAUACAGAACAUCAGAAAGAUAGAAGAGAAUGGAUAAUGAAUCAGAAAAGCAAUACCUCGUUGUCCAAUAUGAACCAGAGCAAUAUACCCCCCAAAUUUCCAACAGAAGAAAUCUGUGUCCACUUGCCCUCAAAGUGUGUUGUUCAAGGUAUUUCCUCAAAGCUUUAUUUCUUGGACAGUUCAUCUCCCUGUUGCUGUGUGGCACAGCAGUGAGUACUGGUUUUCUUCAAGAGAGGGGCAUUAACAUUCCUACAGCUCAGAGUUUCUUCAACUACGUGCUGCUAUGUGUGGUGUUCACCACCAUUCUGUCCUGCCGCAAACAAGGGAGAUCACUCAAGGAGAUCAUGAAGUCCUGGGGAUGGAAGUACGCGCUCAUAGCCAUCGUAGAUGUAGAGGCCAAUUACUUGGUUGUCAAGGCGUACGCUUACACCACUGUUACAAGUGUGCAGCUCCUUGAUUGUUUUAGCCUAUUCAGUGUGAUGAUUCUGUCGCGACUCUGUCUCGGGGCUCGAUAUCGGGCCCAGCAUCUGAUUGGUGCUGUCAUCUGUCUGUUGGGAAUGACUGGUCUAGUGCUUACUGACAUACUAGUAGGCAAGAACGAUAACUCUGCGAGCAAUGUAGCCCUAGGUGAUGUACUGAUCAUUGUGGGUGCCAGCCUCUAUGGUGUGUCCAAUGUCUGUGAGGAGUACGUGGUGCGCACGUAUGACAAGGUGGAGUUCCUGGCAAUGGUCGGUCUCUUCGGAUCCUUCGUGAAUGGAAUCCAGUUUGCAGUACUAGAAGGGGAUGAAAUUGCCACAUUAGAUCUUACUUCAUAUGAAACUGUGAUACCCCUGGUUGUGUUCGUGGUCUGCCUGUUCACACUCUACUCAUGUAUGACGGUGGUGAUACAACUGACCAGCGCUACCACUGUAAAUCUUUCGAUACUGUCUGCAGACUUCUACACUCUGCUCUUUGGACUAUUCCUCUUCAACUACAAGUUCCACAUACUUUAUUUUGUGGCAUUUGCUGGGAUUAUACUUGGCGUGGCUAUUUACUCCAUGACGGGAACCAGUCCACAGUCUUUGCUGCAGCAGGCAACCAGUCUGGGACACCCUGGUGAAUGUGGUACCAGUGAAAACCUGUCUGCUGAUACUUGUAAGGGAAACAAUCUCGGGCACCCUGAUGAAUGUGGUAUUGGUGAAAACAUGUCUGCCAGUACUUGUGACAAGAUUCCUAGUGAAGUUGUCAUCAGUCAGACAGAUGGUGCAACUAACAAUAUCAACUGAUGAUAGCUAGUCAGUAGUCUGUGAUAUUUGUUGUUUAGUUUCAAUAAUAUUUUUUUCUUUAGUGCUCAAACCUUAAUUUUGAUAUAUUAAUUGCAUUAUUUCAAUCAAUGAUCUGCAUGAUUGAAUAUUGUAACAUUUAUUGUAUUAGGGCAGUUGAUAGAUGCUUCAAAACACUGUACAAGCAAAUCAUAUCAAAGCCCAAUGUCACAGGAACAUCAAAUACUUAAAAUUCUUUCCACAAUUUCACAUGUUAAUGACUGGGCUGGGUUGUGGGCACCAUUUAUUGACAUUACGAAAUUCACAAAUGAUUCGAAAUAGCACCAGAUUUUUAGGGUAAACUGACAUGAAUUUCUAGUCUUUUCUCAUGUAACUGUACAUGAAAAUACUAUUGUUUACCUUUCCUGAUGCAACACAAACCUUAGUCUCCUGCUGUAAUGAACGUUUUAUGUACAUGUUAAAGUUUGAUAUUUUCAUAUUUGAUGGUGUUGCGUAUGUGUAUUUUAUACCACAAUGCAGAACAAAUUAAGUGAAAUUUAAGACACAUACAUGUAUACAUAUUUCAGUAAAAUAAUGGUUGACUAAUAUUGUUCAUUUUUGUCAUGUUGGACUUGCUCUUUAGUGUAUGUAUUAAACGACCGGUAAUUGUGAUGCUGUUUAUUAUGUAAGCAGUUUGUGUAUGUAAACUAUGCAUAUUUAUUGCCGUUUACUAUUGUGUAUUUAUUUUACCCAGUAACAGUUGUGAAUGCAUAAACAGUGAAUUUGAAUGUAUUAUUUUAAAUUGUGAAAUAACAAUUAGUCAUAUUUGUAAGGGGUUUGCAUGUUUGUUGUUGUUAAGAAGUUGGGACUUAUACAUCUUGAAUUAACGGUACUGUACCAUAACAUAAUAUAUACUAUUGAAGAAAAUGCAUAACGCUUGUCAAAAAAGUAUGCAUCUUGA